AUGUCAUCUCAAAAGUGUCUAAAGUUUGUCCAGAGUGUCUUUGAAUCUUUCCAGGCCAAUUCUGGUCUGGAACCAAGGCUUCUCAAUGGGGCGCUGAUAUGUGUGAUGAAUANNGUCACUUACCUGAACUCUGGCGGUAAGAUCGGAGAUUUGAUUCGUGCGAACACUCGCCCAAAACAGANNUACGUCACACUUGCUUGGAAGGACCCAAACAACAUUGUCGAGGAGUUGUCGCCAAAGCCGGGGAAAAGUCUGGAU